AUAUGAAGGUCAUCACUUGUGAAAUAGCGUGGCAUAAUAAGGAGCCUGUUUAUAGCUUGGACUUCCAACAUGGAGCUGAUGGGAAGAUCAAUCGACUGGCCUCAGCAGGUGUGGACACAGCCGUUCGUAUAUGGAAAGUGGAAAAAGGACCAGAUGGAAAAGCAAUUGUGGAAUUCUUGUCCAACCUCGCCCGCCAUACCAAAGCAGUAAAUGUUGUGCGCUUCUCUCCAAGUGGUGAGAUCCUAGCAUCUGGAGGAGAUGAUGCUGUUAUUUUAUUGUGGAAGCUGAAUGAUAGCAAAGAAUUGGAACCAUUAGUUUUUCAGGAUGAAGAUGAAGCUCAGCUCAACAAGGAGAACUGGACAGUUGUUAAAACGUUAAGAGGCCACUUAGAAGAUGUGUAUGAUAUUUGUUGGACCUCAGAUGGAAAUUACAUGGCAUCUGCUUCUGUAGAUAACACAGCUAUAAUGUGGGAUGUCAAUAAAGGACAGAAGGUUUCAAUAUUAAAUGAACACAAGAGUUAUGUCCAAGGAAUAACCUGGGAUCCUCUAGGCCAGUACAUUGCAACUCUGAGUUGUGAUAGGGUCCUGCGGGUAUACAACACACAAACCAAGCGUGUAGCAUUCAAUGUUACCAAGAUGCCGUCUGGAUCAGGAGCUGAAGGAGAGGCUAGGAGCUAUCGGAUGUUUCAUGAUGACAGCAUGAAGUCAUUUUUCCGCAGGCUCAGUUUUACUCCUGAUGGCUCCUAUUUACUCACUCCAGCUGGAUGUGUUGAAUCAGGAGAAAAUGUAACAAACACGACAUAUGUUUUCUCCAGAAACAAUCUUAAAAGGCCCGUGGGUCACCUGCCAUGUCCUGGAAAGGCAACUCUUGCUGUUCGCUGCUGCCCGGUCUACUUUGAGUUGAGACGUGCAUUUAAUAAAGAUGAAAUCAGUCAGAAAUCAACUCCUGCUCUAUUUAAUCUGCCCUAUCGAUUGGUGUUUGCUGUUGCUUCAGAAGAUUCUGUUCUUUUUUAUGAUACUGAGCAGUCCUUCCCCUUUGGUUAUGUUUCUAACAUACAUUAUCACACCCUGAGUGACAUUUCAUGGUCCAGCGAUGGAGCCUUUCUUGCUAUUUCUUCCACGGAUGGAUACUGUUCAUUUGUUACCUUUGAGAAGGAGGAACUGGGAAUACCACUGAAGGAGAAGCCACAGAUAAAUGUCAGGACUUCUGGUGCAACAGAGAAGAAAGUGAAGAAGAGCCAGUCGCACAAAGUCAUUUCCCCUGGCUCUAGGCUGACAGAGGGGACUCCUCACAGCAGGGCCACUGAUCCCAGCACUCCCACCCUCCAACCUAGAACACCCACAGCUGCCAGUAAGGACUUUCCUUCCACACCUGUUGGCAUAAAAAAUGUUCCAGUCUCAUCCUCAGACGAGAGGAAAAUCAGCCAGCCAGCUAGCCAGAGCUCUAAAGUAAACCAGCCCAGGAGGAUUACUCUCAACACUUUACAAGCAUGGAGCAAGACGCCAAGGAGAGUAAACUUGAUUCCACUGAAGCCAGAUACGCCAACCUCUGCAUGUACGGAUACAGUCCCUAUACCUCCUUCCUCAGAACAAGAACAUGAGAGGCCAUUACCAUCUGAUGACAGUCUUCAAAAUCCCCCAGCAUCGAAACGUCCUAGAACUGAGGAAGUGUCUCUUUCUACAUCUACUGAAGAUCAAAUCAGCUGCAAUUCAAACAAAUAA